AUGCGGGAAGCUGCCCCACCCGUGGUGCUGCCGAGCGGCGUCCACGAGUCGAGCGGCUCGUUGUCGCACGACCACCACGACCACGACCAUCCGUCGAAUCUCGGAGUGGAUGACGCGGUGGAGACUAAGACCGAAGGGCGGAGACAGACGAAGCCACAGCAACCGACCAAGAAGCCAACGCCGAAGACUACGCCGCCUCCGCUCGUCACAGCUGAAGAAGAAACUGCGCAGUCUGUUGACAGCGAAGAGGGCGAGGCGGCCACUACGACGGUCGAAGUGACCACCACCACCACCCGUCGCCGGACUACGAAGAAAAGCAGCGUAGUCAAGACCAAACGCCGACGCAACCAAGUCUCCACAAAAGGGCACCCGUCUCCUCCUCCUCCUCCUCCUGCGGAAAAACGCCCGCGGAACGGUGCGGCACGCCCUGCCGCAAGAGGAGAUGAGCCAGCCGAAGACGAAGCGCCCAAAGAGCCCAUGGAGGAACAGUCCAAGAAGGAACAGCCCAAGAAGGAACAGCCAAAAGAGGAACAGCCAAAGGAGGAACAGCCGAAGGAGGAACCGCAACCUGCGGAGGAAGAACCUGCGGCUGACCAACCUUCCGCGGAACAGCCAGCCCUUGAACAACCCGCAGCAGAACAGCCCGCAGUGGAAGAGCAGCCUGCGGAGGAAGAUCGAACGCCGACACCGCGCAAGGGCGCUGCAACGACUCGGAGUCCCGGUUUUCCCCAGACGCACUCGAAGUCACCCAGGACUAAAGUCAAGACGGGUGAGACAUUUUAA